UGAUGCCUCGUGAUCGCUGGAUCGUCUUCGCGCCUUGGCAGUCAGAACAGUCAGACGUCACUCGACGAUCACGCAUCUCCGCCAGACCCAUCACAACAUGUGAGAUCACAGAACAUUCUCCACGACUCGUGAUAUAUCCCCAUAAGAGCGUCUGGAAAUCCACACCUAGAAUGCAAACCCCGCUGAAUCGCUUACUCACCCAGAUCUACUUUCCAUACCUCCCACCUUAAACCCCACACUACUCGGAAGCUUUGAGCUCCCUCUACAACCUUGUUCAUAUACUCACCAAAGAGGGCUUAACACAGUCCCAGGCCAACAAUGGCGGAUAAUAUUACUUCAAAUGGCGAAGGAAUUCUUACACCACCAGCAUCUUCCGUCACAACAUCCCACCACCCCUCGCCAUUACCUCAACCGCGCCGACAUCCUCUCAAGCCUGGUGGUAACAAAGAAGGAGAAGUGAUCGGCUACCUCGACCGCGGCCUCAAUGAUGUACAGAAACGCGUCGACAACAGAACCAAAGAAUGGAACCAGAGUUCCGGACGUAGCUCGGACCUACGCGGAUACAGUAGUUUCACAGGCGUCGAGAAGGAUCUCGAAGGUCUGAUAGAUGUUGUUUGGGUUACGGGAUCACCGAAACUCCAAUUCACAUAUCUCCUCAAUAUCACCGGCCUCAUCUCAGACACCCUUCCGCUCUUCCCCUCCGCACCGCACGCUACCUUUCGCCUGCUCGAGAAACUUGACGCGGCUUUCUCUUCUCUCCUGCUAGGUCAUGACCCCGAAACAAAUGAACCCUUGCCUGGAUUCGACAAGGGCUUUGCGGUGUCGACGACGGAUAAAGUCCGCCUGAAGGGUGUUGUGGAAAGGACGAGACUUAUAGUCGCGAGGAAGAUUGGGCGACAUACUGGUGAACCAGGAGACGAAGAUACACCGGUGGAUACUGAAGAUGAAGAUAUGACCGAUGCAGACGAGGGGCUGGUGAAGUUUGAGGGAUUCGAUACGAACGAUGAAGAUGAGGACGAGUGGGAAGAGACACACGUUGGUAGCGUUUUUGAAAAGACGAUUGCUGAAUUGGGCGAUGUCCUUGGCGGACCCCCAAUUGGAAUUAUCACGGAAGAUUGGAGUGAUCAAAAGAUGUGUGGUUAAGGGAAGUUUGCUUUUAAUUGAAAAUAUACAGAGUGUGUUGGCCGUUGUUCGAUACAACCUCCAUCCUACGUUACGAUAACUUUGACAACCGCACAUACGAAAGCUUCCUUCAAUACUUGUCAUCCUUGUGAUCAAACAUGUAUUCGUAGAUUUCUC